UGUGGCUCACCCGCGCGUGUGGGUAUUCGUGAGUUAUUGGUUCUGAAGUGAAGAAGCGUCCAGAGUGAGGUCCUCUCAACGGUCUUCUCGAUAAAACACGGACUUUUCAAAGGAAAACCAGAAAGAAGAGACCAUCACCUGCUUUGAGAGUCGAGAGCUGAAGCUAGUCUGUUUUUCUGAAUGGAAUUUAAGGCCUGCUGGAUUAUGGAUUGUACAAGUCUGAAAGCAACAAAGAUCAAGACACUCUGAAGUAUCUUCAGUCGUUUGUAAAGCAUGGCUUCGGCCAGACCCUACUGGGACCAGCACCAUGCUAUGAACAGCAUGUACUUUUGUUUCGAUGCUGACUCCAUAGAGCACAACCUGAAAACACAUCAGCAAGGCUCAACCUCUGCGGGCUUUGACAGGAGGAUGUUUGGCUCAUGUUCCUCGCACAGUCCCAGCCACCAGUGUCAGUCUGUAAAGGCUGCUGAUCCUGCACAGCUCCUCCUCUCCUCACUGCACAGCCCACCUGAGGGAGACCAGGUUGUUCCAUCCUUCCAGAAACUUUCGGUUUAUGAACAAGCGCCCCCAUAUUCUCCGAGGAGAAUCUCCAAGCCUUUGCCUCCUCUGCCAGACAUGGGGGACCUAUCUUCUGAUGAAGCAGUGGACAGUGAAGUGGAGUUCUUCUCCAGCAACAGCGAGAGCCAGCUGCUGGUGUCUGAUCGCACCUCUAAACCUUUACCCUUCCGAUAUGGCGUUCCGGGUAGGCGGAGUUUCCGUGGCUGCGGCCAGAUCAACUAUGCCUAUUGCGAUCGUCUGCAGGAGCAGGAGAAAGCAAGCGUCCAGAAGUCUGAGCAGGCCGUCCAUCGAGAAAGGGACAACUUGAAGCAACCGGAAAGGCCCCAGCGGAAGCUGCGCCGGACUCAUUCAGGUCCUGCUGGAUCCUUUAAGCCUCCUAACCUCCGUCUGGCCGGCCUCCAGCACCCGUCCCACAGCAAUCCACAGGAGAAACCUGAGGUUCCUCCGCGGAUCCCCAUCCCAUCUCGUCCCAGAAAGAGCGUCGAUGAACAUGACAUGGACCAACCUCCUGAAAUCCCACCAAGGCAGCCCCUCUUCUACACCAUUCCUCGAGCUCCUAGUCCCAAGAGCCUCCCCAUUUAUGUCAAUGGAGUGAUGCCCCCUACUCAGAGCUUUGCCCCCAACCCUAAGUAUGUGAGUAAAGCCCAGCACAGGCAGACCUGUGAGGGUUUGCCAGCACCUCGUAAUCCAUGUAUUCUGCCCAUCAUGGAGGAUGGAAAGAAGGCUAGCACUACCCAUUACUUCCUUCUCCCCCAGCGACCAGGCUAUCUGGACAAGUUUGAAAGGUUCUUUAAAGAGUCAGGCUCUGAAGCUGUACGCAGUGGAUGUUAAAUGCAGCCAGUGAUGUUUGAAUAAUUAGAAAUCCUCAAUUUACUUUUAAGACUUUGGGUCUGGUUUCUGGGACAAGGAUUAAGCCUAGUCAUGGACUAAAUUACAGUGCCAGUGGUGAAUCACCACUGUAACAAAAUAGCUUUAGUCUAGGUCUAGGAUUAAUCUGGGUCUGUAAACCUCUCCUUUAUAGUCUGACUGAUACUAUACUGACAGUAUUCAGGUGCUUAGUUUUAUUAAUCCCUAUACAAUGCCACCUCAACACGAACCCAGAGUACUAAAAAAGUGGCAGGUCAUAAUUGCUGGACAUUGUGGAGCCAUUUUAUUUUCUUUGUUUGGUUUAUCGACCAGUGUCAUCAUAAUUUAAAUGCUAUUUUAUUUUCCUUCCUUUAGUAUUACUCAGUGUAGAGGUUUCCUUUCUGAAGGAUUUAACCUGUUAUAUCUUUUUGUAAUGGUUUACAUGUAACACUGGUUGGUAUAAGCUGGUCUUAUACUGUACUUCAUGUUCUUAUUCCUGAGCUGAAUGUUGUAGGAGUGUCAUUGUGUAGCCCUUACAUUGUGUCAUAGCUACAGUUGUUCGUGUUGCUAAUGUAGUAUUUGCACUCACCAGCUAGUAGAUACAUAGAUUUGAUAUGAAUUAUUUAUAUUCACAUGAAAAAUGUCGGUUGUAUACCUUUUAUUCAAAUAGGGAUCAUAGGUUAUGAGAAAAACUGCUCUAGGAAAAGUCAAAUAUUUAUAUAUAUAUAUAAUAAUAAUUCUUUGUCUGUAGCUCAAGCAGUGGGGUUUAAACUCCUGCCCGAGCCACAGCCUGUUCGACCUGAAUGAGAAAAGUUCAGCAGCAAUGUUCUUUAUUACUCUGACACAACCUGUACUUUAACACGUACAUGUCAUGUAUUUACCCACCCAUUUACUCACUCUUGGUAUUUGCUUAAUUAACUGGCUUUAUCAUUCUCCAAUGAUUAAGCUGGUCAUGUGCCACUACGUAUGUUUACAUGAUGUAUUGGAAUCUGUUUGUCUCUUCCGUCUUUGUUGUAACAGAAGCUGCAACUGUAUUUAUCCAUAGCUUAUUUGUUCACAUAUGAAGGCUCAUGAUCAUUAACUGUUUUUGCUGUGGUUGCACUGCAAUGCACUGUCUUUAGAAAUGUACAGUAUUUGAGUAUUUUUUCACACUACAUCCAUGAUCUAUUUAAAGAAAUAAAGUGACUUAUUUAUCAGUAAAACAA